ACUGCGUGGGUAUUACAAUACUGCGUGGGUAUAACAUUACUGCGUGGGUAUAACAUUACUGCGUGGGUAUUACAAUACUGCGUGGGUAUAACAUUACUGCGUGGGUAUAACAUUACUGCGUGGGUAUUACAAUACUGCGUGGGUAUAACAUUACUGCGUGGGUAUUACAAUACUGCGUGG